AUGGCGAGAGAUCAAAUAUAAAAUUUGAAUUUCUAUUGCUGAACUGUAGACUAGAUUAAGAUUAUAAUGGCGAGCAGAGAUGCUGAAUUGAACGACCUAAUCCGACUCAAGAAGACACCUGCUCCCCCAGUACAGCGAUGGCAGAUGAUGCCCACCAAACAGUCCCUGACAAGUGUACAGAGGAUCUCAUCUCCCCUUCGCUGUACUACUAACACUGUCCUCACAGCCAAGACUCCAGAGAGAAGCAGACUGGCAGUCAAGUACAAGAAGACUCCUAAAGUCAAGAGCCCUACAUGCUAUAAGACCCCCAAUCACAAGACAACCACCUCCUCUAGCACGCAUUCGUUGAAAAAAAAAAGUCCACCAAAGUCGAGUGCUAGGAAAAAGACACCUGGUGGCAGGACACCUGGAGGCUGCAGAUUCAUCCCUAACAGAGCUACAACAGAUAUGGAGUACAGUUCGUUCUUGGUGAGACAGGGUGGGCUCAAAGAUGGAGAAGAUGACGUCAGCCCCGGCACAGAGGUCUACAGAGAGAGUCUUCUGCAAGCUCUCUCCCAGGGAAAGAGGCGACAGAAAGGAGUUCUGUCAUUUAAGACCACUCCAGCACAGAAAGGGAACACCAGCUAUUCCUCUCUGACUAGCAGUGCUUUGCGUAGCUCUAACAGACGAUCAAUGAAGAAGACAGCCCGUCGGCUCAUCACUAGUGCUGACAAGAUCAUGGAUGCUCCCUACAUUCAGGAUGACUAUUAUUUGAACACUCUUGACUGGUCCAAGAACAACACGCUAGCCAUUGGUCUGGGCCCCUCUGUUUUCCUGUGGAAUGCUUCCAGUGGCUCUGUGAACCAGCUGACAGAGCUGGCAGGAGAGGGGGAGUACGUGGCCUCUCUCUCGUGGGCUGGGAAUGGCAAGUACCUAGCCGUGGGGGGGAGCAACUCUGCCAUCCAUCUCUGGGAUGUGGAGAAAGAGAAAAGACUGAGGGUCUUGAAGGGCCACUCUGAUCGUGUGGGGGUACUCGCCUGGAACAGACACAGUCUCUCAAGUGGCUGUCGGGAUGGUAAUAUUCAUCACCACGAUGUACGCAAGCCAGAACACAUAGUGGCUAUGUCCAAGGCCCAUCGCUUUGAGGUGUGUGGUCUCCAGUGGUCCCCUGAUGGUAGCCGACUAGCCAGUGGGGGCAACGACAAUAUGGUGUGCAUUUGGAAUGCCUCAGACCCGAGCGAACCCUUCAAGGUGCUCAGAGGUCACCAGGCAGCUGUUAAGGCUGUUUCGUGGUGUCCGUGGCAGACCAACACUCUGGCCACUGGAGGAGGGAGCAAUGAUCAGAAUAUUCGAUUCUGGAAUACCUAUACUGGAGAGUGUGUGAAUACCAUCGACACAAAAUCACAGGUGUCAGCCAUAGCAUGGAACAAGUACCAGCGUCAGAUGAUCUCAGCCCACGGAGGUCCCAAACACCACAUGAACGUGUGGAACUUUCCAUCCCUCACCAAAGUGGCAGAGCUACACAGUCAUCAAGAGAGGAUACUGCACAUGUGCCUCAGUCCAAAGAAGACUUCAGUGGCCUCGGCUUCAGCUGACGAAACUCUCAGAAUAUGGAAUGUGUUCCCAGAGCCCGAUUUAGAAGCCAGCCAGAAGAGCUAUAGUGAAGACUCUAUAUCUGCUUUAUUGCAAAGUUUCAACCACUGAACACGUUCUUGUAAUUUUAUUGUAUUUUGUGUAUGUAAAUAUACACGGUUUUGUUGGUUUAUUUAUUUUUAAUUGACAAUUUUAUACAAUGAAAAUAAGUUUAUGAGUUCAUCUCUUUCCUUC